CCUGCUUUCCGUAGCUCGAGCCGGCUACGUUGGCAACAUGGCGUCCCCUGAUGUCCACGUCCGAAUGUGUGAACAAGAAAUACUGAAAUAUGACUUGGAGAUCAAAGCUCUCAUCCAGGAUGUUCACGAGUGCUCAGGGCCUCAGAACCGGCUGAUGGAACUGAACGCAGACAUGAAGAAGAGUUUCCACAACCUCAGACUGAGGAUCCAGGAUUUAGAACAGAUGGCGAUGGAGCAAGACAAAGAGUCUGGCAAGCAAACAUUGAUCAGUCAGGUAGAGGGACACAGAAAACAGAUGCUGAGCAACCAGACAGCUUGGAGGAAAGCUAACCUCGCCAGCAAGCUGUCCAUAGACAAUAUGGAAAAGCAGGCACUUCUGGAUAGAUCAGAUAGCGCUGUGAGAGAGAGGAAGAUGACCAAAGAUGGCCUGGCCCAGACAACCAGCGACAUUACAGCAAACCUUAUGAGCAUCAGUCGGAUGAUGGCGCAGCAGGUUCAGCAGAGCGAGGAGACCAUGACCUCACUAGGGACCUCCUCCAGGACAAUCCAAGAGACCAACGAGGAAUUUAAGACCAUGACGGGGAGCAUCCAGCUCGGGAGAAAACUCAUCACCAAAUACAACCGAAGGGAGCUCACUGACAAACUACUGAUCUUCCUGGCGUUGGCUCUCUUCUUCGCCACAGUUCUCUACAUUCUCAAGAAGAGACUGUUCCCCUUCCUGUAGGCCAAGGUAACUCCGAGGACACUCUCCCGUAACCACACACACUACGUUCCACAGUCGCAUCAAACUAUUUCAAUAAUUCUGAAGGCAUUGUAUCAUUACACACAUUAUUCACUAGUGUUCGCUCACUGGAAUGCUGUCUGCUCACUCGGCUGAGCUGAGAUGCUGCUGAGGGUGAAAUAAUGUCCACAAAGUGGAAGAUAAACCUCUGCACUCAUAUCUCUAAUCUGUUUUAUUUAUCAAAAUGUUUGGUCUACUGUUUUUCAUCAAACCAAGGGAAUCACUUGUGAGGGCAGAUGUAUAUGUGAUGACCCAAAAUGUGUCAGAGGUCUUUAAUUAGUGGCACAGUAAUGCUGUGCAUUGCUUUUACUUACUGUAAGUCAGACGUGGAGGGAUGGGAGACCAAAUAUUUUCUUUAAAGGGUUUCACAACUUUUCAGUAAAAUCUGAUUAUCAUAAAACGAUUGCUACUGUUCAUAUCAGCUCAACCGACUGCUACUGGCGAGACAAUAUUGUUAAAAUGCUUGAGUAGGUUUAGGAAAAUAUUUGCGUAACAAAAAAUUGCCUUUUUCAUAUAUUCUUCAGUAACUUGUGCUUUAACCAAACCAUUACAGUUUGGACUUUAUUUGUAUUUAACCUCAUUAAUGUACUGUGCAAGUCAUGUUUUAACUUUAUGAGUAAUUUGUAUUUAUAUUUACAAACUGUAUAAUCACUUUAUGGUUUAAUUUAUUAUUACACUGUAAUGAGCUAUUGCUAUUUUUGAAAAUAGAAAUAUUGAAAUGCUUUUCAACUUCGUUUUCACACAAUCCUAUCUCAAUUCACUCCCUGUAUGUGUUUUACAAGCCCAGUUAUCAUAAUGGUACAUUGCAUGUGCACUUCAAUUCAAACUGUGCCUAUAUUUAUUUGGUUGGCAUGCAAACCAAAAAGGAAGCCUUUUUAUUCGGUGGAAGAGUCCGAGCACUGACCGGCUUCCCUGCCCUCGUGUCACUGCUCUGCAGCGCAGCAGAAGGCCCAGAGAAGCAGUGGCAGUCAUCACGCAGGCAGAGAUAGAGCAGCAUGCGUCCCUGCCUUUCUUCAGAUAAGACCGGGAAAAGCUGAUUAUUCCGACCAGUUUCCCCUCUCCCUUUCCAGUGUGGGUGGAGGUUGAGGUGGGGGAUAUUUUUAGAGUUGUGUGGUGCUGUUAUCUGACAUUGCCUUUUCAACACCUCGGAGGAGAGGGUGGCCAGAGGAGCUACAUGACCUUGCCACCCUUUGUGAAAUCUCCUUGCAUUGCUCAUAUGUUGAAUAUAUGUAAAUGCUCUUCAGUGUUGAUGAUCAAUAAACGCAGAGUCUACUGGCUUGUGA